CAAGCUCCACUGGGAAGACAAGCAAAUCUAAUUUCAACUGCGAUCAUACGGGGAAUCACGCCUGAUGGAAGCUUUAAGACGCUACGCGCAGUUGGCGGAAUUGCGGAAAGAACGUCAAUUUUCUUCUACUGCGGACCCGGUGCGCUUCCGGAGCAUGGACGAGGCUGGAUUCCGGAAACGACAGGUGUGGGAGGAACACCGGGAUCGCCAGGAUGCAGGAGCGACAAGAUUCCAGGUGCACAGGAUAGAAUGAAUCCUCGCCGGGAGGACCCGCUGUUACGGCAGCAUCGCAGCCGUUUGCUGCAAUUGGCCGAGGCGACGAACAUCAAGCCUGGCCGUGGCAGCGGGAAGAGACGUGGACAGAGGCAUGGCUUCGGUCCCAGUAACGGUGGACCCAGCCGCGUGACGCUCCAGGAUAUCGUCAGGAGCGAUCCUGGAUAUACGCCGAACAUCGAGCACUUAGUGUUUCCGGAACGCAAGAGCAGCAAUCCGAAUUUGGUGGGCGUCGUCGAUGGCUCGCCGCCAAGUAAAUCCAAGUCAAAUGCGACGAGCUCGGGAAGAUCCAGACUCGCCGAGGUCUUCGCUCGGCAUUACGCAAGAGGAUCCUCGCAGGACUCGUCUGUUACGUCCAGAAAAAAUCACGUGAAUAGCACGUCGCUGGAUAGUGGGAGCGCGAUAGGUCAUCAGCCGGGGUCCGGCGGGCCCACGGUGGUGACGCGGAAUGCCGGGCGCCGCUGGCUCUCGCAGAACUCGCAAUCCUCCAGACAACACUCGGCCGAGGAUGGGAUACGUGGGGGCAACGUGGGCGUCGGAGGGCCCGUUUCGACCUUGUCCUCGAGUCAGGCCCCCGGUCAAGCCGCGCCUCCCGCCCUGCCGCCGCGCAGAGUCAGUCCGGCCGCGGAUACGAGCGAGAUCACCAACGCAGGUCCUAUCUCGCGUGUCGACAGAGGUCCAAACGUGUCGAUCCUCCAUCUUCGAAACGCUUCGGCGGACCCUUGGGAGGUCGGCUCUCAAGGCUCCUCGUACAGCGUCGGCAGCAACAAGAGUCAGACAGCGAGCGGCAGAGGGAAAUCCGGCGGGAACGCGCGUGGAUCCUACAGCCGCGGUAGUUCGAUACCAUCCCUAAAACGUCACGAUACAUCUACGUCGGCCACGCCGACGUCAAGCCUCAAGCAGCAUCGCCAAGACAGCCACGGUCAGGUCUCUAGUUCCCGUCGACGCGAUGCCGUAAACUCCUUCCUGUCGGGCAAUAGCGGCACUUCCGGCGAGCUGUUUAUCAGCGGUAAUUGCAGCCGCGAACUCUCGCCCGUGCGAUGGUGCGAUCGCGAGGUCGACGGCGUUUACCUGGGCCGCUCCGGCUGGGUACAAGUGCAGCAGCGGUCACUCGACGAGAAUCGCCGUGCGAACUACGAGAGCAACCUGGUGACCGCGACCACCGGCACUCUACCGUUGUCGCGACGGACGGCGGUCAAGUUGGCGGACUAUCAUUGUAACAGCGAGCCGGGCAAGUGUCCGCAGGACUUUACCAGAGGAUUGGACUCGCAGCGACCCGACUUUCUCGCGCUGCACAGCCAGGAUUACGAUUCCAUCACUACCAGCGCCUGCACGUCGCCGCACAGCAUCCCGGAGUCCUUCUCCCCGCCGUCGAUUACGCCGAUUAUAUCGCCGCCGCCGGCGUUCCAGGACGCCGUCGCCGGCAGGAAAUCUUCCUCCUCCAGACAUUCGUCCUCUGCUGCCGUGCGUAGCAAUUACGGCGGCAAGGCCCCUUUUCUACCGCGAUCGAAUGCCAUUGUCGAUAGCGACAUCAUUAGUCCGCCACCGUCGCCGCCACCUCACCAGGUCAACUGGAGCUCUCUACCGUCCGCGUCCAGGAAGAAUUCCGGCUUGGCGUCCUCUAGAUCGAAGAGACAGAACGCCAGCCAGCAGCAGCAGCAGUAUCGCAUGGCACAGGCCAAGUCCCUGGAAGAUCAAUCGUCCUCCAGAAGGUCGCAAUUCGCGCAGAGAUAUAUUGAAUCAUCCAGCUCGUCGUCGUCGUCGAUGGGAUUCAGGAGCCUCGACAGUUGCGUCACAAAGCCCAUUAUGCCUAGUCUUGCGGAGAACACGGAUUCUUCGGUAGAGGGAUAUGAAGAUGGCGACGAGGAUGAUAAUCCUAGUUCAUCCUUAAAUCUCAGUCUGGUGUCGUCAUCGGCUCUUGCGUUGAAUUCGUCCACAGAAUCGAUACGUGCCAACGGCGAACGAAUAUCGCCCAACAGGCAAGGGAGAAUCCAUAGAAACCAACAGGGGCUUAGAAGGUCACCCGGUUCCUCCGAGUCGGGAAAACAGAUGUUCAAUUCGCCCUCCUCGUCGUCUUCCUCGUCUAGCAGCGAGGGACGACAAGGGCGAUCACCCACGCCUAAUCCAUUCAGACGUGGCAAUCCCACGCGACAGCAUCAGAGCGCCAGGGUCAAUCAGGAAACGCCCGAUUGUCAUGAAUCUCGAGUUAGAAGAUCCAGGAGCCUCCAAUUGCCGGAGAAAAGGUCACCAGGAACGACGGGUCCGCAGAGAGAUCAUUCCCGAGAGUCGAAUGAAGCACACAGAGUCGUUGUUAAGAUUGUGAAUGAUCGGGGUAGCGACAGAUCCAAGCGCCAUGUUCUUCAAAACAGAAAAGCUCAGUCCACAGAUGACACCAUAAAUGAGAAUCUUUUCCGCGAAACGGAGAUGGUGACCGAAUACCUGUAUGGCACGCGUAGUCGCGUUGUGCCGAGAAAUUUGUUGUCAAGCCGCUAUGAGAACCGUCGCGAUGAAAGCCAAGAGCAGAGGCGAGGGAAUUCCAACACAUAUGACGUCUACAUCAUCUCCUCCAAGCAGCAGCAGCAGUCGAAAACAUCGAAUUCUUCGCAGUCCCAACAACAACAGCAGCAGCAGCAGCAGUCGCAGCAACAACAGCAACAAUCAAGGCGGCCGCGAAUGCUGCAGAGAGGCGCUACGACACCAAAUACGAACGCACCGUCCGCCAAUCAAGACUUUUCCAUCAGCCCAGACACAAAGCUGCGCUGCAACAGCAGCACAUGCGACUUUUGGCCCCACUGCUCACAAAGGGAAACCUUGUACUCGCCGAAUCAGGCACCACCGCCCGUUUUUAUGAAGCUGUCACAGAGCUAUCCGGCGCAUCAGAGGCUCUCCACCGACGCUGGCAGCCAUCGUGGAAGUGCCAGCUCCUCGCCGGCCUCCCUCGAGCGAAUGGAUGAUCGGGAGCUUCGCGAAAGAGACAACGCAAGGAAGAGCAGAAGCAGCCAGCAGGGCAAGUAUCAAGAGAGACCCAAGAGCGUGCUCAAACAGGGCAAUAGAUGGUCGCCGUUGGAGGGAACCAACGGGAAUGGCUCCGGAGCAGAGAAAAGAGAUCAGAUGCACCACCGAGUGUACCGGAAGCCCGACUUCCCGGGCUCCUUCGAAGGCGCUGACAGCAAGGAUAGGAGGGUGUCGCCCAUCCAAGGGAUGAAUGUCGUCAAUAGAUCGCCUAGUGGCGGUCCGGUCGUCUCCUCGUCGACGAACACUUCGUCGUCCUCGAGCAGCGAUAUCUGGAUCACCACGUCGGAUCGCACGGUGACGAAGAGCCCGCGGAACGCAAAGAGCUCCGGUGCGUCCACGCCGAUGGAGGAUGCUGUGAUCGGUUCGCUCAAGACGUUGAUAGAGCCACCGAAGGACGGCACGCUCUCCAGGCCUGGCAGCGCGCCCACCCGAGGUGAAGACUCGCAUACAGGCGACAUCGUCCUGGAUCCUCAUCAGCGAUCCUUAUCGCUGCCCAAGUCCUUCCUGGCGCACAACACGGCGGACGGGUAAGUACCUGCAGUAAAAUUCUUUUCCUCGACUAUACGACUCAUCCGCGGCGAUAGAUAAAGCGGGAUCUCGAUUC